GACUCAACCACACCCGCCCAGCAUCACCAUCGACGGCAAAGUUCGCGGCGCAAUUCCUCACAAAUCCACCUGCUGGCUCAGGCUUCCCUUCUGCUUCAUCGCACCUUGGCCUUCUGAUCGCGCCACGCUCGUCGCUGCUCUUCACCACGCCUUGCUGGACAGGCUCCGCAACACACGUCAUCGCCAGCCAACGACCCCACCCUCGUACUCCCAGUCUACACAUCGCCACAGGCCAUGAUCGACCCUUCUCAGCGACUGUGGCGUGCCGUCCACGCCAACGACACCCUCCUCGUCCAGCGCAUCGUCAAGGCCCACCCGAAGCUCAUUCACAAUCCAGACACCUCUCCGGCUGGACUCUCUAACUCAAACCUUCAUCUCGCAGCUUCGAUGGGCCACGUAGACGUAGCCAGGGUCCUCGUUUCUCUUGGCCACGAAGAGCCCACGCCCGCCCUGAACGAGAACCACCAGACUGCGCUCGCCCUCGCCGCCGCUAAUGGCCAUACCAACGUCGUCCAUUUCCUCGCAGAAAGGUUUCCAGAGUGCAUUCUGCGCCGCGAUUCCAAGGGCAGAGACUCCAUCAUGGAGGCCAGCCGCGGCGGCCACGACACUGUCCUCCAGCUCCUCCUCACCUACGUCCCCGACGGCCACGAAGCAGCUGUUCGCAAUGCCGACAUCGACGGCAACACUGCACUACACUUUGCCAGCAGCAACGGCAAUCUCUUGGUCCUACGUACGCUUCUUGCGGCAGGUGCUGAUGCCGAGCGGAGAAACGCCUGGAGCUGGACGGCUAUCGCGUACAGUGCCACGGUCCAGGCCGAAGUAUACCUGCGCGGUCUGGUGGCCGAGACGGAGCGGAGGCGCCGGGCCGCCAGCGACGUCAGCGAUACCAAGAAGGGCGGCGCCGUACGUCUGGUGGAGGAGGUGGGAGGGGCUGAUUGAAGCGCCAAUUCGAGUGGACAGAGUGAAGUCCUGUGUGACUGGACGAGGUACAAUUGAUGAACAGAACCGAAAAGCUUGGAAGUCGCGUUGAAUAACGCAGCAGUGGGCAUCUUGGUUUCCUUUCGGGGAGGAUACCAAGUCCAGGCUGCCCUCCUCUGGACUGCAGCAUGGUCUUCAUAGAUCAACGACACUCAUUAUGACAGCACACGCGCGUC